AGAUUUAGAGCACAGCGGAUUGAUUGUUCGAAACGAUGGAACUAAUCAGAGAAACCCUGAAACGAACCGGUUACCUGUUUUAUAUCAUGGACCCCCGCAAACACAAUUACGAAAAAAUUGAUGGUGUUAGAGAUUAUUAUAAGGAUGUUGCACCCAUAUUUAUGGUAACAAUUAUUCUCGAAUGGGUGAUACGGUUUUCGCAAAAGAAACCUGCAUUUAGAAUCAAUGAGACUAUGUCAAAUGUUCUUCAUGGUUACCUAAUGGAUUUAAGCAAAAUUCCAUUCAAAGGAGUUGAAGUUUUUGUUUAUGCUUGGGUUUAUAAUAACUACAGAUUGAUUGAACUUCCUUGGAAUUCACCCUGGACUUGGAUGUUAGCUUGGAUCACUACAGACUUUUGCUUCUAUUGGGUUCAUAGAAUGACACACCAAGUGAAUAUAUUGUGGGCUAUUCAUGGGACUCAUCACACACCAGAAGAGAUGCAAUUAACUUCUCCAAUGAGGAAUUCUAUUCUAUUGAUUCCCACUCAUUGGCUUACGUGUGUACCUCUAGCAUUAGCUGUCCCCCCUACUGCAUUCCUUGUUCAUUACCAGAUUACUAUAAUCUAUCAAUAUUGGCUUCACACAGAGAUUAUUGGCAAAUUACCAGCACCAAUAGAGUUCUUUCUCAGCACUCCCAGUCAUCAUAGAGCACACCAUGGUCGUAACAGACGUUAUAUAGAUAAGAACUUUGGUGCAUUUCUUAUCAUAUGGGAUCGCAUAUUUGGAACUUUUGAAGCAGAAGAUCCUGAAGAAAAACCACUGUAUGGUUGCACUACACAAACAAAAUCAUUUAAUCCGUUGAUUAUACAGCUAGCAGACAAUAAUUCUAAGCUUUCUAUUGAAAGCACUUGA